AAGCUAUGUUAUAAUGCAGAAAUUAAUGAUAUAGAAGAACAAAAGAAGUAUCUUUACAAUUCACUUCCGCUGCCAAUAAAUCAUUUUGAUUCUAUAUCAAUUGAAUUUUACAAGAAAAUGGAAAAUGUCGAUUCAAUCAAUAAAUUAAUUAAAGAAUUUGAAGAUUUUGCUGUAUAUUUAUCAAAAUUAAUCACGAACGAAUCUAUCGUAGUUUUAAAACAUGUUGCUACAGGAAAAUAUUUAAGUUCAAAUGCAAAUUUAUGUUAUAAUACUGGAAGUUCUACUCAAUUGUACUCACGUAACUUUACAACAUGUCAAAUCAAUUAUGUUACUUGGAAUAAAUUCCGGACUUUACCAAUCUCCGUCAACUAA